GGGAAACAUGGGGGAAAUUAUCAAAUAUAAUGCUGUGACCUCAUUCCCUCCCCUGUGACAAGUGCACUCUCCAUUCUUCAUCAUUGAUCUUAAACUAUGACAGAUUGGUGUAUAAAAGUUGACUAUGAUCUUACCCAGAAGCCUUUUGUCACUACUCCUAAAUUGGGCUUUGCAUGGUUAAUCAAGGCUAAAUGCCUGUCUUCCGUCUAUGAGCCAUACAGCAUUUACUGCGAUAAGGCCUCUGCAAAAGUCAAGGCGUUUAUACUUCUUGCCUUUGCAUAGCAGAGCUGUUGUCAAGGAUGUGAGUUUGUGUUUAUACUGGACCUCCCGCCUCCACCUACCGUCAACCAAUCAUGUCAAUGCAGAGCUAUAUGGAGCCCUCCGCAUUGUUACAGUAUUUGGGCAGUGCACAACGAUGCAGUACGGAGUUCAAUUUUGCCUCUGCCAGCUUCUGGAGGCUCCGCAAUUGCCUCACAUCCUCCAUACGGCGCCUUCGACCACACUUUCCAAUCAAGCAUAAAUUUGCUUUUAGGUGAAAUAUUUCCCAUAUAGAGUUUAGGUAGGAGUAGGUCCCGACCUUUGGUUUCGCUGAGUCGUCACCAGAUGGUGCUCUAGGUUCGCGUGUAAUGGACACUUCAAGUCAACUAUAUGUCAUGGAGUCAAUCAUGAAUAGGCUUUUAAUCUAUUUUGGCAAACUAAAUUUAUUCUUUACUAAAUCAACCAAAACCCGCGUUAUUUAUUCAUGUGAAUUGAUUAAUUACCAUGUUUUGCAGCAAAAAAAACCUGACAGAGUUCGCAGUCUCUAGGCCAGAGUAGACCACCCUGUGUUUAAAAAAUAAAAAUUGGGGAAACGUCUAGCUAGGCAUGUAAUAAAUUACAGAGACAUCUAAAAUGUACAACUCUUAAACAGGGCUCUUUGCAUUGGUUGGAGCGCUUGUCAAUCAUAUUGCCCAUUGUCUCGUUGGUGCGACGGAUAGUAGAACUCGAGCUGGUUGUAAGCGCGAGAAAGCAGUUGUGGCAGCAGAACCAGUGAUGGGUGCACUGAUCUCAAGUGCUGUUUAGUUGGAAUUGUUCAAACUUUUACGUGGGGAGUUGAAAUAACAUGAAGUGUGAACUUGGAACUAUGUUAAGGUCAACGAUGUUGGAAUUACUUUUGUUUUCAUUGACAGCUGGGUUAUAUCGUGCUGCACCGCGCGCCUCCAACAACAAUGAACUGUCUGUAUCAAAGCAACCUGCCAUGUCCGAAAUCACACUCGGGCAGCUCGGCACUACCAUGCCAAACUAUUUACCCGAGGACAAUGUGAGGUUGUCCACAAUUUCAGCGCUCUCCUCAGUUUCUACCGCGACCACAUCGGCAAACAGGAUUACAGGUAAAACCACUAAAUCUUCCCAAACAAACAAGUUGACCCGAACAGCAAAGACCACCAUAAGUGAGUCCAUAUCGGAGUCCUCAGAAAAAAACAAUGAUGGUACAGCUGACAUAACGCCGAUAAUUUACACAGGAAUAUUUCGAACUACAACACCAACUGCUUCGACAAUUUCUCCAUCGAGGACUCCCGAAACAAAGACACAUUCUUCGUCCACCUCUCAGCCUUUACCUGUCCCCACCACUGACACGCAACAAACUGAGUUCCUGUGUAACUGUAGCAGCGAGGGAUCUCUGGAUCUAGACCGCUGCGACCGCAGCACAGGGCAGUGUGUCUGCCUGUUGGGCUACAUGGGACUGCGGUGUGCUGACUGCCAGGAGGCCCACUUCAACAACGGCACCACCGGCUGCAUCCCCUGUAGCUGCGACUCCUACGGUGCUCUUGGACCCCUCUGCGACAGCUCUGGGAUGUGCGUGUGUAAGACAGGCGUAUACGGUGACAAGUGUGACGAUUGCCACCCAGGUUUCUUCCGGUUCAGCAGCACGGGUUGCCAGCCAUGCCAGUGCAAUAAUCACUCCAGCUACUGCCACCCACAAUCAGGCAUCUGCUUGAACUGCCAAGGGAACACCAAAGGACCCGGCUGUGAGGAAUGCAAGUAUAAUUUCUACCGGAGGCCCAGCGCUGCCCUUACUGAAGUCUGCGUCCCCUGCCCCUGCUCCAGCGUCACCUCUUCUGGCAGCUGCCACCUUGACCCCAGAGGACAAUCUGUGUGUGACCAGUGUAAGCCAGAGUACCAGGGGCCCCACUGUGACCAGUGCAAGGGCGGCUUCUACAAUGCGGACAGCAUCUGCCUUCCUUGCAACUGCAGCGGGAACGCCGACCCCGGGACCUCGCCCCGCAUCUGCAACCCUGAGACGGGUCACUGCCUGAGCUGCGUCAACAACACGUCGGGGAAACACUGCGAGCGUUGCACUGAAGGAUACGUGGGUAGUGCCGUCAUCCACAGCUGCAAAGCUAUAGUCACUCCCACCCCUGAGCAGAACACGACAACAACAACCACCACCACCACCACCCUGACCCUGCGCUCCACCACCACUACCCCCUCUAGUGGCCACACUAUGACUUCCACCUCCAACACCACCACCACAGCCUCCAGCACCACACCAGGUCUCCUUGCCAACACCACGGCCGCCAUCUCCGAGGUCUCCUGGACCCAGUUCAAUGUCAUCGUCCUCGCGGUGAUCAUCGUGGCAGUGGUGGUGCUGAUGGGUGUGGCGGGCGGUGUCUAUACCUACCGCGAGUACCGCAACCGCAAGCUGAACGCUCCGUUCUGGACCAUCGAACUUAAAGAGGAUAACAUCAGCAUCAGCAGCUACCACGACAGCCUGCCUAACAUGGGGGACGUGUCGGGCCUGCUGGAGGAAGAGGCCAGCAUGGAGGUGGCGCCCAACGGCCAGCUGGCGCUUAGCAGUCCCAUCAACAUGUACAAGGCGUGAUGAUGGGCCAUGGGCGGGGAUGCUUCUUCUUCUUUGGUGUUUUAACGGCGGUGUGCAAGCUAAUGUUUAUUGGUGUUACCGCAGCCAUCUGGACUAGUGUGGUAAAGACUCAUCCUCCGGGAAACUGUAUUCUGUCCCAUCUCUACCACACCCACCAACCCCACCCGUGGUGGUCACACCCACCAUGGAACUCUGACUGGGAGAGGCAGAGAGGGGGGAGGAAGGUCUCUGACUGGGAGAGGCAAAGAUGGGGGGGAGGUUUAUCAUCCAGUCCUCAGGAUUUUAAUAAUAAAUUAUCUGCUUGUUGCGGUUACUAAAAUGAGGAGGAGCUGGAAGGAUGGACUAACUACAGAAUCAGAAAUCGAGUGACUUCUGAGUCACCCAGACUGGGAGAAAACAACCUGAGUUUGAAUGGUUCAGAAGGGCCUGGGAGUUUGAAUGGUUCAGAAGGGCCUGGGAGUUUGAAUGGUUCAGAAGGGCCUGGGAGUUUGAAUGGUUCAGAAGGGCCUGGGAGUUUGAAUGGUUCAGAAGGGCCUGGGAGUCUUUGUGCCCUUCAUGAUUCAACCUUUGAGCCACAGGGAACCACAUUGACCUAGGAAGAGAGUGAAGGUGAGCAUGUGGAGGUCCGUGAAGGCUGAGUGUCCAGCCAGGCCUAUGAAACCAGUUAACUGAAGCCCACUCUGAAACGCUGCAUCACACAAUCAAAAACAUACUGUAUAUUGACAGUAUGUGCACCUCUUCAAAUACACAUCCUCAAACACUAUGUUUGCACAUAGAGUACUGCACACACAUGCACAAGCACUAAAUAAAACACACACACAUGCAGACCUUGUACCAUAAUAAAACACAUACACACAAAAUAAAGAGAGCGUGUAUUGUCCUGGUUGGUUUCAAUGGAGGAUAACUUGCUUCAAAAUUGUUUAUUUACAUUGUAUAAUGAGAGAGAAAAUGGACAAAGUUUUGCAGCGAUUAUGAUUCAUACAACACUGCUGUGGGGCCAUUUUGGUAUGUUUUGACACUAAAAUGAAACGAUUGCAGGGUUCUGGUACACUGUUAAGUCUAGGGCAUCUAUUUCACUUGGAGAAAACAAGAGGCUCCAUUUUAAACAAGUGUUUUUGUUUGUGUUAUUUGAUAAUUUAUUGCUUUCUGUUUUCCUCAAUAAGCUUUCUGCUAAUGUGUUGCACAGCCAGAUUUUAGCCAUGCAGAUGCCAGAAGGCCCAUUACAGAAAAUGUAUUGGUUUACAGCUGAAACUAAAGUUAAGGCAGGAGAAGUCAUUUUCAUGGUUUCUUAUUUUAUUCAUAAUAAUAAUAAUAAUGAACUGGAUUUGUGUAGCAAGUGCUCAAAUGGUUUUACUAUUAUCCACUACUUCCACCUGGAUGAUGACGCUCGAGUUCAGUAGGCAUGAAACAGAAGAAAAAGACUGAAACGUGGAGACACUACCUAGACUUGUUUUCGUUUUCUGUUUCAAAAUAUUUUACCACCCGUGUUACCUACUGAACAUGACCCAGCUGUCACAUUAGACAGAUGAGGAAGUGCACCAUACUAAUUAAGAAUCAGGGGGGAUUAUGUGGGCAUGAUUGUCUGAGGGCCUGACUGGGAAUUUAGUCAGGACAGCGGGGUUUAACAACACCCGUACUCUUGCUACUUUUUUGGAGCAUAGCUAGUAAUCCUUAUGGAAAAGGAUGAAACCAUUUAGCGGUGAAUUCAAAAGCAUGUGAAAAUAGGGAGGGCAGAGCUCUUUCCCAAUAAUUUUGAAUGCAACGCAAACUGGUUUGAAUUAUGAGAUUUGGGAGAACUAUUGUCACCAUACCAGGUUUCUUUGAAAUUGUAAUUACCUAACAAUUCCCAUGUGCACCGAGUGUACAAAACAUUAGGAACACCUUCCUAAUAUUGAGUUGAACCCUCUUUAGCUCAGAACAGCCUCAUUUAUUCAGUGCAUGGACUCUACAAGGUGUCCAAAGCGUUCCACAGGGAUGCUGUUCCAUGUUGACUCCAAUGCUUUCCACAGUUAUGUCAAGUUGGCUGGUAGUGGAUCUCUGCUCUGAAUAGCUCGUUCCAUCUCAUCCCACAGAUGCUCAAUUGGAUUUAGAUCUGGUGACUGGACAGGCCACUGUUGUUUGUGGAACCAUUCCUGGACAAUCCUAGCCUUGUAGCAUGGGUCAUUUUCCUGCUGAAAAAAUCCAUUCGCAGAUGGAUACACUGCUGCCAUGAAGGGAUGCACUCAGUGUAUAUCAAAUGUCUAGUUUCAGUUAUCAAUAAUGGUUCUUACCUUCCUUCAAGCUGCUCAACGGAUCUGAAGCUCUGAACCCCCCCAUUUCCCUGCAAUACAUUUCUCCCCAUCUUUCCACCUAGAGAUCAUGUGCUCUUACUCCCUCAGGUACUGUCCUGCUCAUUGUAUAUAUGAACAUGAUGUACAGAUUUGUUGUAAAUAAGAAGCUACUAUUGUAGAUAGGAGGGUGAAUUCUUUUCAGGAUUGGGAAAUUCUGGGCCUCUUCUCUGGGUUGUUUUGACAUCCAGGCAUAUUAGGGGUAUUCUCAACUCUGAUCUCUUCCCAUUGAAACGACAUACCAACCAUAAUUCUUCCAUAGAAGCAUAGGUGCUGAGAUUUACCAGAUGCCUUUUCUGUCCGAUACACCUUGUAAAUACCACAGCUAAUGUAACCUACCAAAAUUAAACUCUGUUUUUGUUUAA